AUGACGACAGUUGCACACGGCCACCGAGUUUAUACGCUAUCUAUGUUUCCGGGCUCGAUGGACUAUGUCACAAUUGGUAUAUAUUGCAGGCUUAUUGUAUGCGGUAGGCUCGACAGUCGAAAAAGCUUCAGUGAAACAGAGAAUCUCCAAAGGGUAUGGCUCGAACGCCCGAGCCCAGAUUCAGAAUUUCGCGAGUUCCAAUGGCGGCGGAGGGCCUUGACCACUGGGCCACAGAUAGCUGUAAAAUCGGUGCGACGGGCGUACCCCGCAGGGCCAUAUUGCAGGUCUGUGUCACGUGUAGUGUCGUAA